GGACUGUUAGUUAGAUUUUUCACAUUCACACAACUCUUAUAAAUUUAGUCAUUCAUGUACUGCUAUUCAGAUCGUCUCAACACUCCUUCUCCCAUUAUAUCAUUCAUAUAACAAAAAUAGUAAUCUUAUUUGUCCUUCAACAAUGGCUACUUCAACGCUCGUUAGCGAAAUGAAGGUGGAAGACUACGCAUUCUCAUCGACGGUAAAAGCUCCUGGCUCUAACAAAACUUUCUUCCUCGGUGGCGCAGGGGUGCGAGGAUUAGAGAUACAAGGAAAGUUUGUGAAAUUCACGGCAAUUGGGGUGUAUUUAGAGGAAAAUGGAAUAGCAGCGUUGGCAAGUAAGUGGAAGGGUAAAGGCACCGAUGAGUUGGUGAAUUCUGUUGAGUUUUUCCGGGAUAUUGUUACAGGUCCAUUUGAGAAAUUUACCCAGGUUACGAUGAUAUUACCAUUAACGGGACAACAAUAUUCAGAAAAAGUGACCGAGAAUUGCGUUGCAUUUUGGAAAGCCAUCGGAGCCUACACCGACAAUGAAGCUAAGGCCGUCGAAAAGUUCCUUGAGGCCUUCAAGAACGAGAAAUUUCCUGCUGGACACUCUAUUUUGUUUACUCAAUCACCUCUUGGAUCACUAACGAUUGGAUUUUGCAAGCAUGAUCUCAUUCCAGAAGCAGGAAAUGUUGUGAUCGAGAACAAAAACUUAUCGGAAGCAGUAUUGGAGUCGAUCAUCGGACAACAUGGUGUUUCCCCUGAAGCAAAGCAAAGUUUGGCUACUAGAGUUUCAGAAUUAUUGAACAAGGAGAAGUUAGAAUCAAAUAGUGCAAUACUUGGAGUUGCAAAUGAGAAGACCACACAUGAAGUUCAUGAACUAGUUCGAGACCAACCCGACGUAAAAGCUUGAAACAAAAGGUCGUAUGUCAGUAGAGUGCUACAUUUAUUAAGUCCAUUAAAAUAAAAUUUGUAACGAUGAAAAACAAAAGCUCAAAGAGAGGUAGGGACUAGUGCAGGUUUGUCUAAGAUUUGUGUUUGCCUCGCUCCAUGUGAUAUGGAAUACUAUUAUAACGGGGAUAUUCAUAUGACUCAUAUGAUGUGAGGUUUUGUAAUGAAACGACUAUUUGGAAACACCCACUCAUCAAUUCAUAUAGGCUAUGUUCAGUUCACCUUAUUUUUGCUUAUUUCAGAUGUAAUCAGAUCAAAUCAGAUUAUGUUUAUAUUUAAAAACUUAUUAUUACUAUUAAUACUAUUUUUUACUA